AUGGAUCAACAACAAAAACAACCUCAAGGUUCGAUUGAUAAAUCACCAUCUGGAGAUUACCCUCAAAGACCCAUUGUAUUAUCCCCUCCACCAUUGGAUUCAACUUCAUUCAACGCUGUUGAUGCCUUACCAACCGGUCACGCCAAUAGACAACAAAGUGUUGGCUAUAACUUACAACACGAAUUUGAAACUUUGACUGCUAACUUGGAUUUAGACUUGACUAGUCCAUCAAGAAGUAUUACUCAAAGUGCUCCACCUCCUCAACAAUCUGUUGAUGCUCAACUACAACAAGAACCUAAGCAACUGUUAUCUAGUGGCAGCAGUGCUCAAUCAAGCAAACCUGCAUUGGUUGCACCUUCAGCUUCAAGAUAUGAACCUCGUUUACGUUCAGAGUUGUUGGGUAAGACUGCUAGCUCAUUACUUGGUGAAACUAGUGCUGGCGGAUUAUCACCAGCACAACAAUUUACUUCCCUUAAUCCGCAACUCGACAGUUUAUUGAACAAAAGUAGCUCAAAUUUGGUUGGUUCCCCUUCCGCUGGUAACUCAUUUUUAUCGGGUCAUUUAGCUGGUAUUCCAAAUAGACCUCAAUCUGUGAAUGAUUUCAGUAGUAUUUUCAAACGUCACGAACAACAGCAACAACAACACCAACAGUUUUUCUCUGCCCCACAAACUUCCAAUCAAUCAAACUUUUAUCUGGAUUUAAUUGUAUUUUGCAACUGGAUUGAAAAUUUAAGCCCUCAAGAUAAUAUUACCAUGAUUGAUUAUUUAUGUGCCAAUUUGCCACUUGAUAUCUUGUUGACAUUCCAAUCCAAAUUGGAUCUUCACUUGCAAGGUGGAGCUGGUGCUGGAACUGGUGUUGGAGCUGGAGCUGGAGCUGGAGCUGGAGCUGGAGCUGGUAUUGGUGUAGGAGGUUCUCAUUAUCAACAAAACCAGCAAACUCAUCUACUACCACAAUUUUCAAUGUCUCCAUAUAAUCAAUACAACCAGGAUCUUUACUCUGAAAUGGAUCAAUUGAAUAUCAAUGAUGACAGAUCUAAACCAAAACAACCUUCGGCAUUAAGAACCUCUCAAUAUGCAAACCUUGUGGAUAAACCAUUGAGACCAAAAUCUGCUGAUCCAUUUGUCAACAACGCCAAGUAUGCGUCAUCUCCAUCACAACAACAACAUAUGCAUCAAGGCCCAAUUGAUAGAGCAAAAUCACCAACCUCUCAUUUGUAUGAGAAAACCAAUUUCUUGCAAUUGGCAGCAGCAAACUCAAAUUCCUCAACUCCUCCAGUCAACGGCAAUGGAAUGACCAGUUACUACAACCAAUAUAUGUCUACUCCAUUAGGUCAAUCCAAUUCUCCAGGUAACACUAAUCAAGGAAAGGAUAUUAUGGAUUUAAAGUUGGGUGCAUUAGCUACAAUCAAUUCAAGAGUUGCGUUAGAUUCUAAUAGAAAGCAUCCACAUGCUUCAAAUUGGAAUCAAAACCAACUGGGUCAACAACAAUCUCAACAACAUAAUGUUUCACGAAGUCACGCGAUGAAUUAUGAAGACAGUAUUAAUAGAACUUUGAAUUCGUCAUCUGUUCCUGCAAAUAUGCACAAGACAACUUAUAAUAGUAACAGUAACAACAACAGCAAUGUCAACAACAACAGCAACACCACCAACAGCAACAAUAAUAACCAAUCGAAAUCUCAUAAGAAGAAAGGACAUUCUCCUACAUCAGCUACUCAAAUGCAACACAACAAUAGUUCAACCGUGAGUACUAAUACUUCCUCGGGUACAUCAUCAAUGCCGAUUGAGGUGUCAAGUUUAGAAUUGUUGAACAAUAUUCCUGCCUGGUUGAAGUUAUUAAGAUUACAUAAAUAUACCGAAUUCUUGAAAGAUAUUCCAUGGAGAGACUUAAUUGAAUUGGAUAAUGAUCAAUUGGAAGCCAAAGGUGUUGCUGCAUUAGGUGCUAGACGUAAGUUGUUGAAAGCUUUUGAUGUUGUUAAAAACAAUCCACCACAGUAA